AUGGCGGAAAUUGGAGGUGCGGUAAUCGGGGGUGCAGCCGGCAUCACCGCCGCAGCAUACACCCACGCAUCGAACUUUUCUGCUCGCCAUGAUCAAUGUCACGAUUCGCAGUCGUUGGAGACUCAGAGGCUAGCACAGGGAUUCGAGAUGGCGUAUCGCGAGGGCAAUAUAGCAGAUGAGGACUAUGGCAAGUUCCUGGAGAUGAAAGACGUAGCGAUAAAAUCAGCCAGAGAGUACAGAAAGAGUAUCAGAGAGUACAAGGAUACCAACCCUUUGAAGAUCGCGGCGAAGCAGACCAAGAAGAGAGAAGUACGAAAGAAGAAGGAUCAGAUCAGAGCAGCGAACCAUGAUCUACUCGAUCAUUACUAUGAUUCUACCUCUGGGGAGUCUGACGCGACGUCUAUGACUGCAACAAAUGGAUCUCCUCCCGGCUCUGGGCUCGAAAGUGAGAAUAUACGGGAGUGGGCGCACGGUAUAACAGAUCGUCCUACAACUAAUCAUGAUUCGUGGCACUCUCGAAUCAGACAAGCCAGAAAUGAUUUGGAAGUCAUCCAUUCAGAAGCCGCAGAUAGUUUCAAACUCGUCGCAAAUGGGGCCGGUGGACAUAUACUUCCCAUUCAAUGCGAGACGCAGGCCAUCAAAUUCGCUCGCGAGGCCGAAGAGUACGACGAGGAAAGCGACAUCAUGCUCGCAAUCGAAGCCUAUUCAAAAAGCUUGAGCUGGCUGGACAAGUGUAAGGAGACAUCCAGAGAGGAUGAAAACGGGAGAAGGUACCUCGAAAGAAUCGAGAACGUCGCUCUUGUCUUCAAGGAGAGGAUCUCCGCUUUGCGCGAGGGCCAAGGAGGCAAUCUGAUCGUACUGGAAUGA